AUGGCUAUCGAGAGGACUGUUGCUGUCCAGCUGAAGGAGGACUGGACGAUGGAAAAGGCAUCGCUCGCGUUCCUCUUCCACCCGAGCACCCGCCUCUUUCGAGAGAUCAAGAAGAAUACGUUUGUGUGGUUCCAUGUCAGCGAAGAGUUCGACGGACACUAUGGCAACGAAUGGGCUACCAUCACGCCCCUCACGAUGACACCUAAUGGUCUCAGCGAUCUGUUUCCUGCCGGUCAUUCCAAGAUCGAUGUUCCAACCCGGAUUCUUCGCAUUGGACUCCGUGUCACAAAGGAUUGGACAGACGACGAUCCCAACUUCGUUCAGACCAAGAAGUUGACGCGUGAACCCAUGUCACCCUUCUACGAGGAUGAAAUGCUAGUUGGGGAGAUGUUUAACACCAAUGUUCCGGAACUGAUCGUAGUGAAGAAAGUCGGUCGCAAUUUUACGCCUUCGGUUGACGCUUACUUGAUUCAUCGCGACUAUGUGGACUUUGGUUACGAGAAGGCGGAUGUGAAGGGCAACAUGCGCAGCAUGAUCAAGCCAGGCGGAUUACUUCUAGAGUAG